AUGGUGUGAGUUGUGUGAGUGGAAAUGCCUUGUUGAUACUGUUGAUAGAGGUCAGAGGAAAAUAAGGAUAUCAAAUAGAUAACUGAUUAAAUAACUGUACAGGUGUUCCUAAUAAAGUAGGCGGUGAGUGUAUGCAUGUUCUCUUGAGGAAAUGCCAUCAUGUAGUGCCAGUCAUGUGACUCUGAGAUUAUUAUUAUUAUUAUUAUUAUUAUUAUUAUGAGUCAACAAUGACAUUUUUCAGUUCAUUUGACACAAUAAAUUGUUAUUCUUAUAUUUGAAACGAAUGCAUCAAUGGCACAACUUCCUUCUCAUUAUACAUAAGGACAUUUUAAUGUCAAUAGUCUUAAGGAUAAUAUAGCGUACACAUAUCAUUCACGCGCGACGGUAUUUUAAGGGAACUUGGAUUCAUGUAUCAGAGAUAGCAGUAAGCCAGAUGUACAGUUUCGCAUCGCAAACGAAAUGAGUCCGAUUAGUGUAAGGGAGUAAUGAGGCUGUUAACCCGGUAGCUUUGGGAAGGACUUGCACAAUAGCGCGUCUGUUCUGAGCCUCGUCUCGAGCCGACGUGUAGCCUGUGAUUAGUGCGGUUACGCGUGUACCUUCCCUCCCUCCCUCCCCAGCUUUCUCCCUCUCAUUCCCUCUCUCUCUCCCCCUCUCUCACUUACACAUCCUUCCUAGCUUUUCAGGGAGUAAAGUAAGAAGUGGAAGAGGGACUGGGAGAGAGAAAGUGUGAUUUGAAGUCUCUCUCUCUCUCUCUGCUCUCUCCGCUCCUCCUGACUCAAUGGGUCCGUAGCGUUAUAUUAAUUAUCAAGUUCCCUGUUACUAAUUUCAGUUUUAUGUAAAAGUUUACAAAAAAAAGUCUCACCAAAAACUUGGAAACUAUGGAUAUUCGGAUGAAACGAAGACCGUGGAUCCAAGACCCUAUAUCCCUCCUGCUAAGUGUUGUGUUCGUCCUGUGCCUAAUUCUCCGGGCACAAGCAGAUCCAGUUGAUGUUCUGCGGGUUCUCCAGGUUCCCUCCCUUCCUGAAGGUGUACAGAAGGUUCCAGGCUUUUGUCCCUCGCAGCAUGCUGGUACUCAUCAUGCCUACCGUAUCAGCAAGAAGGCCCAAAUCUCUGCUCCAACCAAGCAACUCUUCCCAGGUCGUUUCCCAGAGAACUUCUCCAUCAUGACCACAGUGAAGGCCAAGGCUGGGCUUCAAGCCUUCCUAUUGUCCAUCUACAGUGAACAGGGAGUGCAGCAACUGGGACUAGAGCUGGGCCGCUCGCCCGUCUUCCUGUAUGAGGACCAGAGCCGCAUGCCUACCCCAGAGAACUACCCAUUAUUCAAAGGCGUCAACCUGGCUGAUGGCAAGUGGCACCGCAUUGCCAUCUCUGUGCAGAAGAAAAAUGUUACUCUUCUCCUUGACUGCAAGAAGAAAAUGACGAGACCGCUUCCUAGAAGUAACAAACCAGUGGUGGACAACAAGGGCAUCACUGUUUUUGGUACUCGUCUGUUGGAUAACGAGGUUUUCCAGGGUGACAUCCAGCAGCUGUUGAUUGCCUCCAACCCUCAGGCAGCCUAUGACUUCUGUGAGCAUUACAGCCCCAACUGUGAUUCUCCUGUGCCCAGGAUUCAGGCCCAGGAUCCUAACACUUUUGUGCAUAAGACGCAUGUGGUGGGUGAAGAGGUAGAAGAGGUCAAAGAAGUUGGUGAGGUGAUGUCUCAAACAAAAGAUGAGGCCUUUGCUGAAGAGUCUGUGACAGGAGACUUUGGAAUGAAGGAAUAUGAAUAUUCCUACAAGGACUACAAUGAGCCUGUUCCCGAUGGAGAGACUGGUGGUGACAUGGGCCAUACCCUGGCUGCUGUCACACAUAUGGGAGGUGCUGCUGUGAGAGCCCAGAAGGGAGAGAAGGGCGCGCCUGCUGUCCUUGAAUCUGGCAUGUUGAUUGAGGGACCACCAGGACCAGAAGGACCGACAGGUCUCCCUGGCCCUUCAGGGUCUCCAGGACUGCCGGGCUCUGUGGGUGAUCCAGGUGAAAGGGGUCCAACUGGGAAAGCAGGUCUGCCCGGAGCUGAUGGUCGCCAAGGACCUCCUGGCUCAUCUAUCAUGCUUCCAUUCCGCCUUGGACAAAGUGGUGGAGACAAAGGUCCCAUUGUCUCAGCACAGGAGGCCCAAGCUCAUGCCAUUAUGUCUCAGGCUCGGUUAGCUUUGACGGGUCCACCCGGAGCAAUGGGUUUUACUGGCCGACCUGGACCCAUGGGUUCACCUGGCAGCGAUGGUCUGAAGGGAGAGAGUGGAGACCCUGGCCCACAGGGUCCCAGAGGUUCUCGGGGGGUAUCCGGUCCUCCUGGUAAACCUGGUAGAAGAGGUCGACCUGGUGCUGAUGGUGCACGUGGAAUGCCAGGAGCAUCUGGAAUUAAGGGAGAUCGUGGUUUUGAUGGGUUGCCUGGUCUGCCAGGAGACAAAGGUCAUCGGGGAAAUUCUGGAGGAAUGGGACCACAAGGACCCCAAGGAGAGGAUGGAGAGAGAGGAGAUGAUGGCGAUGUUGGGCCCAGAGGACUCCCAGGUGAACCAGGGCCUCGUGGGUUGUUGGGGCCUAAGGGUCCCUCAGGAAUCCCUGGACCUCCAGGUGUGCGUGGAAGCGAUGGACCUCAUGGGCCAAAAGGAAGCUUGGGACCUCAAGGAGAGCCAGGUCCUCCAGGCCAGCAGGGAGCUCCAGGAACACAGGGAAUGCCUGGUCCGCAAGGUGCUAAUGGUCCCGCAGGAGAGAAGGGACCUACAGGAAAGCCUGGUCUGCCAGGCAUGCCUGGAGCUGAUGGUCCCCCUGGUCACCCAGGAAAGGAAGGCCCAUGCGGAACAAAAGGAAAUCAGGGGCCUUCUGGUCCUCAGGGUGCUAUUGGCUAUCCUGGUCCUCGAGGAGUGAAGGGGAUUCAAGGUAUCCGUGGACUGAAGGGUCAUAAGGGAGAAAAGGGAGAUGACGGUUUUCCUGGAAUCAAGGGAGAUUUUGGUUCCAAAGGAGAAAGGGGAGAGGUAGGACUGCCAGGCCUCAGAGGGGAGGACGGGCCUGAGGGUCCAAAAGGGCGUGUUGGUCCCCCUGGGGAGAUUGGACAACUUGGCCCGGUUGGAGAGAAGGGUAAACUUGGCGUACCUGGUCUGCCUGGAUAUCCUGGAAGACAAGGACCUAAGGGCUCACUUGGUUUCCCAGGAUUCCCUGGUGCAAAUGGAGAGAAAGGUGCAAGGGGUCUAAUUGGAAAAUCUGGACCAAGAGGACUGAGAGGACCAACAGGGCCCAGAGGACAGAGAGGACCUCGUGGGUCUACUGGAAAACUGGGUGCUAAGGGUUCAUCCGGUAGCGACGGCCCUCCUGGACCCCCAGGCGAGAGGGGAUCACCUGGAACCCAAGGAGUAAAUGGAUUUCCAGGACCAAAGGGACCUCCUGGACCUCCAGGGAAAGACGGACUGCCUGGACACCCUGGACAGAGAGGAGAAGUUGGUUUCCAAGGCAAGGCUGGGCCUCCUGGGCCACCUGGAGUUGUUGGACCUCAGGGUCCUUCUGGAGAGACAGGCCCAUUGGGAGAGCGGGGCCACUCCGGACCCCCUGGACCACCAGGUGAGCUAGGCCUUCCUGGCCCUUCGGGUAAGGAAGGAACCAAAGGAGAUCCUGGUCCUCCUGGUGGCCCAGGAAAAGAUGGACCUCCUGGAUUGAGAGGCUUCCCUGGAGAGAGAGGACUCCCUGGAACACCAGGUGGUGCUGGACUGAAAGGAAGUGAAGGCCCAGCAGGACCUCCUGGACCAGCUGGAUCCCCAGGUGAGAGAGGCUUGGCAGGCACAGCUGGCCCCAUUGGCCCCCCUGGAAGACCUGGACCUCAGGGACCUCCUGGAGUUGCAGGAGAGAAAGGAGUGGCUGGAGAGAAAGGCCCAGUUGGCCCAGCUGGUCGUGAUGGCAUUCAAGGCCCAGUUGGGCUUCCAGGCCCUGCUGGAUCUGUCGGUGUUCCAGGAGAGGAUGGUGACAAAGGUGAGGUUGGAGAGCAUGGGCAUAAGGGCGCAAAGGGAGCAAAGGGAGAACAAGGUCCUCCUGGCCCACCUGGGCCGGUGGGUCCUCUUGGACAGCCUGGUGCUCCUGGUGCUGAUGGUGAAACAGGUGCCAGAGGUCAGCAAGGUGCAUUUGGUGCUAAAGGAGAUGAAGGAACAAGAGGAUUUCCUGGUCCUCCAGGCCCUAUUGGGCUACAGGGAUUGCCAGGAUCAGCAGGAGAGAAGGGUGAAACAGGAGAUGUCGGACCAUUGGGUCCUCCUGGACCUCCUGGACCCCGUGGCCCAGCAGGUCCUAAUGGUGCUGAUGGUCCUCAAGGUCCCCCUGGUGGUUUGGGUAACCCAGGUCCACGUGGGGAGAAGGGUGAACCUGGUGAAUCUGGACCAUCUGGUAUUGGUGGAGAGCCAGGAAAGAAGGGCCCAAGAGGAGAACGUGGUGAGAAAGGUGAGGCUGGACAGCCAGGUACACCUGGUCCUUCAGGUGGAAAGGGACCCAUUGGAGAUGAUGGACCUAAAGGAAACCCUGGUCCUGUCGGUUUCCCUGGUGAUCCUGGUCCUCCUGGAGAAGUUGGGCCUAGAGGCCAAGACGGAGCAAAGGGAGACCGAGGAGAAGCUGGUGAACAAGGAGAGACAGGUUCGCCAGGACCUCCUGGUGAAAACGGACCACCUGGCCCUACAGGGAAAAGAGGGCCACCAGGCACAAGAGGACCUGAAGGCCGUGAAGGAGAGAAGGGAAGCAAGGGAAAUUCAGGAGCUGUUGGGGCUCCAGGAAAGACAGGCGCUGUUGGGCCACAAGGUCCUCCUGGAAAGCCAGGAACAGAGGGUCUGAGAGGCCUGCCCGGUUCAGUGGGAGAACAAGGUGCUCCUGGCCUGACGGGUGAGAAAGGACCUCCUGGACCCAUAGGUCCUUCAGGUUUGGCAGGUCUACGUGGUGACUUUGGUGCUAAGGGUGAAAAGGGACAUACAGGUAUGAUUGGUCUGAUUGGACCUCCAGGUGAGCAGGGAGAAAAGGGAGACAGAGGAAUUCCUGGCCCUCAUGGAUCAACUGGGCCCAAGGGAGAAACUGGUGUGUCUGGUGGUACCGGCCCUCUGGGCCCUGCUGGUCCUGCUGGUUUUCCUGGCGAGAGGGGUAUUAAGGGAGUAAAGGGUACUAUGGGCGGAGCUGGUCCCAAAGGAGAGAAAGGUGUACAAGGGCCCCCCGGACCCCCUGGACCUCCUGGUGAUGUCAUCCAACCCAUGCCCAUUUCAGUCCCGAAAAAGUCAAAGCGUUCCAUCGAUGCCAGUAAGAUACUCUCUCAGAAUGAUGAGGAUUCCCCAGCUGAUGCCACAGGUGCCGGAUUUCUGACCGGCAAAGAAAACAUGGAGGAGAUUUUAGGCUCUCUGAACUCCCUUCAAGUUGAGAUUGAGAGCAUGCGUUUCCCACUUGGAACAAAGGAAAGCCCAGCCCGCACAUGCCAUGACCUCCAACUCGGUCAAUCAGAAUACAAAGAUGGUGAAUACUGGAUUGAUCCAAACCAGGGCUGUGCUCGAGACUCUUUUAAGGUUUACUGCAACUUUACAGCAGGUGGAGAGACAUGUCUCCAUCCUGGCAGAGAAGUGGAGAGUGUAAAGAUGAAGCAUUGGUCAAAGGAGAAGCCGGAGUCAUGGUACAGCCAGUUUGCUAAAGGAAGCAAGCUUUCUUAUGUGGAUGCAGACGGUAAGCCUGUGGGAGUGGUGCAGCUGGGAUUCCUGCGGUUGCUCAGCAUUCGGGCUCAUCAAAACUUCACCUAUCACUGCCACCACUCAGUGGCCUGGACUGAUAACACUGCUGCCAACAGAUAUCAGAGAGCACUGCGCUUCCUGGCUGCUAACGAAGAAGAGCUGAGUUAUGAGACCAGUCCCUAUAUCAAGGCACUCACUGAUGGCUGUUCUUAUCGCAAAGGUAAUGGUAGGACAAUUCUGGAGAUAAACACACCUCAAGUUGAGCAGCUUCCUCUCAUGGACAUCAAGAUCACAGACAUUGGGGAGACCAAUCAGAAGUUUGGUUUUGAAGUCGGACCUGUCUGUUUCCUGGGAUAAACUUACAGACAUGGCAAGAACA